AACUAUACACGCACGUUGUGUUCGAAAUUUCGUAAGAGGAGGAAGACGGCCAGCCUUCGCUCCGCAUCAGUUUUCUGUUGACCAUUACGCGAAGAAGAACGAGCAUCGUCGCCUGAGUCUCACUGAUCGCGCGUACUUCCGAGUUUUCGUGUCUUUGCGUUAAAAUCUUCAAGUUUGUUAUGGGAUAACCUGAAGUCGGUAGGCAAUGUGAGUGUCGUUGAGAAUAUGUGCCGUGUCCGCAACGUUAUUUUGAACAGUUUUUCGAAUCAACCCCCGGACCUGAGAAGGCCGAUCAUGUUAUGAUUUAACAGACAAACAGUUGUUUAUUUAUUUUUGGUGCUUUUUUUUCGUUUUAAACGACUUUGAACACACUGUGCGAUAGAGAGUGAUUAAAUGGCAAGUAACAACGGCGACAUUCAACCGCAGGUUUACCAGCAACAGUUUAAAUGCGACGAAUGUUCCUUAACGUUGAAUUCGGCUGAAUCAUUGAAUGUUCAUUGCAAAUACCAGCAUCAAGGGAACUCGGGACAGCAGUGGACUGGAGAGAACAAGGACGGCGCAGUCAACCAGCAACGAGGCCCAGUAAAACGUGAGUUUCCUUCCAAUAUGCAACAGCAGGCCGACAGUUUAGACUUGCCAAAGUCCAGUCCGAAUUAUCAGCGGACGACUCCCGAUGCCGGUUAUGCCCAGCCGCCAACACCCCAAAGCUACCAAAGCUCCAAUUCUCCCUUUCAAAACGCUGAAGCCACCCCGGUGUUUUCGAUUUUCCCGAAUUACCCAUACUUCAAACGGGAAAAUAUAUCGCCUUCGCACCAGCAAAACCAAAUGUAUCAACAUUUCUCCAACUUUCCUGAACACCACUUUGAUGCUGGCGCUGUGGAGCCCAGCGUCUACCCAGAAGACCCGAUGAUGCGGACAUUUUCCAAUGAACCAUUGCCGGAAAUGUGCAGAGAGCUCAUGAGGGGGAAGGAACAGUACUCUGAACCCCCCAAGCAGGCUGGCGGAGCUCUAGCUGAGAACGUGUCAUUUUCAACUCAGCCCACGCCAUCCCCCAGUCCGAAGCAAUGCGAAAAAUGCAGAUUUGUUUGCCCCAACACAUCAGUCCUGAUGGAACAUAUGUCUUCAGUGCACCAAGUGCCACUGGGCCAUUUCGCCUCGGGCAGUCAACUGAUGUUCGAACAACAGGCCAUGGUGAAGGAAGACGAGUCCGCUUCAAGCGCUAUCCUCGAUUUGGAUUCGCAGAAAGUCGUCCAUCCGGGUUGGAGCAGUGGGCGAAAGCGCACGUUCGAAGAUAGCAACAUCACCCAUGCAAAUAACACCAUGCUUUGGCCCGCAAUGCAGCCCAACAAUGUGUUUAAUGGCGAACGCAUGUUUGUGCCCACAUCCGCUCCCACCGCGAGCAACAACAACGAGAAGCUCUACACCACCCUGACUAAGUUCUCCCCCAAUCAAAUGGAUGGCUCCUAUUUGAACAAUGGGGUCUCCUCCUCCAAUCCGGACGUGGGAAGUUUGAAUCAACAGCAGCAGCAGCACAUGAUGAGCAACAGGUCCUUUGAGCAGCAGGCGCCAGUUAACCUCCCUGUGAUCACCACCAGCCAGAUUCUGAGCGCGGCUUCCACAGCGGCGCCGCCCAGCACCAAAAGUUCCAAUUGGAAAUCCAACGAAGCGCGCAGACCAAAGACGUACAACUGCACUGCUUGCAAUAAGUGGUUCACCAGCUCCGGGCAUUUAAAGCGCCAUUACAACACGACGUUGCACAAAAACGCAGUCAAGUCCAGCGGACAUCCAGAUCCAGCCACCAUGCCCAUAAGCGCCCACCAUCAUCCGGCCAGAGAGGCCACAUCCAGCAAAGACGGAAGACAAUCAAACAGCCCCCGCGACGAUGAGUCCAAUAGCAGCCAAUAUGGAGGGCGGACAAACAACAUGCCUGCCUUGCUGCAGCACACGACAAAUGAUCUGUACGAGAGGCCGGGGCUGAACCAGCAUCAUUUGGGAAAUGGGAAUGGCGCAGUCGGAGGGCAAAUGGCCCCUAACUUCAGCACCAAUCUACCAAACGGCAGUCCCCCAAACGGGACGGCAGGCCUCUCGAUGCCAGAGACGAGAGGCCUGAUGCCGAUGGCGCCAGCCCAAGGGUUUUCCAUGAUCUCGCAGCCCCACAUGAUACCAAUGGAUGGACCUCAAUAUCAGCUCUACCCAAACGAGUUUGCCCCCCACGUUACGCAGGCUAUGGAUACUACCACCCUCAACAACCUCAAUACCAAUGGUGAGCAAGUGCAGUAUCUAGUGAAUGUGGAGAACAAUCAGCCUCUGCCCAGCUUUGCUCAGAUUCAAGCGCACAUCGGCGGAGGCUACGCGAACGUGGGGGGUUUGGGGUCAGUGAUGACUUCAAUUUCAUAUUUGCCAAAUCAGAACGAAGGGCAAUUCGGCACCACACUGUACGAUCUGAAUAGAUUGGUCAUUACAGAGCAGCCGCAGCCGCAGCUGGCAAUGGAGGCAAUGCAAUUUUCCGCGAUUCCGAACAACAACAAUGACACAUCAUUUGCCGACAUGUCCGCAGGUGCGAUUGACGCCAACAUGACCGCUGUGGCUCCAGAUGCAGCGGGCGGCGCAGCAUCGUUACAAGAACCCCAAAUUAUGGCCGCCGCAGACGAAAGCAAGGAAAACGAGUCGGAAAAUGCGGCUGCUGAAACAGGAAACUCGAACGUUUCCUCAUCGACCACUGAGAACCAGGAGGACUUGAGCAAAACGAAAUGCUUCGAUUGUGAUAAAGUUUUCAAUCGGCCUUGCUACCUCACUCAGCACAACAAAACCUGCCACAACGGCGACAAGCCAUUCAAGUGCUCCAGAUGUGGCAAACGGUAUGCUACCGAAGAUGUUUUCCUGCGACACGAGGGCAAACAUGCCGGCAACAAGCCGCACAAAUGCUUGAUGUGCCCGAAAAUGUUUAACCAUAAGACUGACCUGAGACGGCACAUUUGCUGCCACACGGGGAAAAAGCCGUACGCCUGCACCAUUUGUGAUAAAGGAUUCAUCCGCAAGGAUCACAUGGUGAAGCACGUGGACACACACUUGAAGAAGCGGGAGAAACAAAGUGCAAUGCGUAGCUGAAAAGCUGUUAACGAAUUCCGAAACCUUUUUCAUUCGCUCCUAUUGUUCAUAAUUUUGUUGUCUUCUUGUACAUACCUGGACUAACAAGUAAGUAACUCAGAUUUGAAAUGUUUUGUGGAUAUAUUUUAUUAACGUUGUAUCGAUGUGUUAAAUGUCACUUGAAUCAUACACGGACUGGGUGUCGCGGUAGACACCUCAGAGCAGCAUUUGGUGCUUCUUUCCUGAAUCCAAACGUUUGUAUAUAGGAGCCUUUAGAGCUCAAUUGACGGACUGGAAUUUAGAGCACCUGCUCGAGUGUGGCCACCGCAGAAGUUUCCAUUUUGUUUUUCCUCAAGAAAUCGCAUCGGCAUCGGUCCCCCAAACUAUUUCUGUCACAUAUUAAUCAAAAUUCUGCAGCCCAACUGACUAACCAAUCCUAUGUUGUCAUUUUACAUGUUCAAUGCUCAAAAUUGACAAAACAAUUUGUAUGUCAACAAUACUAUUAACAAACAGCAAUACCUCAGAUUCUCAGAAAUAGAUUAUAAAUAUUAUAUAUACAUAUAUAUAUAUAUAUAUAUUACGAUGUCAAGAGGACCUAACUUGGAGGAGGUUAUUAUUAAUGUGAAUGUACAAAAUAAAAAUUUAGAACUUUAUUAAGCCAGAUGAAGAUGUUCAAAGUUUUUCACUAGACAGUGUCGUUUUUUAUCAUGAAUCAAAUUAGUUAUUAUUUUCCUUGGUAUAUUAAGUAUGAGAGUCUAAGAUGAUCUCUGUGAAGUAAUAAAGUAUAUUGCAAUAAUUAUCAGUGAAAAUCUACUAAUUGCGCCUGUACAUAGGAAAUUUUGUUAAGAAUAGGUAGAUAAUUUAUAAUAUCUUUUACAGAUAACAUAACUACCUCAGUUGUAUUGUGCCAAUCGGUUAUUUCGUUUUUAAUUAAGUAGGAAAUUUAGAUACCAGAUUGUUACGAAUUAUCGUUCGCUGAGAUUAGAUUUCCUAUGUGCCAAAAUCAGUUGCCACAAUUCGCAAUUCGAAUAAUGCGAAAUUGAACCCUUUCAGAUCAGAAAGUGUACAUCUCAUAAUUAAAUGACAACAAUAUUUGCCAAAUUUGUACUAAUCUCGCAGCGAUUUUUCAGUGCACUUUUGUCCAGAUAGGUGGCCAAUCACCGAUUAAUCUAAAUAUCGAUAAAUAGUCGAGGCUGGAGAAUUUUACGCAAAUCACAAAAUUUAUAUAAAUUGUAUUUCAGAAGUUAUCCUGCCUUUAACGAUUUAUCGAUGCCAGAAUGAGUGUAUGUACAUCGAAUUUCUUCAAACUAAAACAAAUCUAUCUGGACAUAUCGUUAUAUGUAAAUUUUAGUGCAAUUUAUUACAAAAGAGAUUCGCUUUCAGGACCAGCAUGUUUUCCUUGAAAUACCACAAUGGGAAAAUGUUCUGAUAACAGUUACCAAACGAUUGUUCUGUUGAAACUAAAAUGUUGUUUUGCUUUUCAUAAGUUUAUGUUAUGUACACUAACUAAUUUGUUGUAUAUUGUUUCUUGCAUUAAGACUGAUUGCAACGUUCUCACUCAAUGAUUGCGAGUGCUAUGAUUGCUCUCGUCCUAUGUCUACGUUUAAGUUAAGUUUAAGGUAUACUUUGUUUACAUCUUAUUCCUAUCCUUAUAUGUUUAUGUUAAUAUGAACUAGCAGUAAAUAAUAUUUCAUUAAA